AUGCUGAAUGUUGGUGUAGUUGCUUCACAGAUUCUCUUUUCUAGUAUAUAUGGAGGAUUUUUCGCAGCACUUAUUGUAGCAACAAUUUCUCUUUUCGAUUACAAUGAAAUUAAUCCAGCAUUCAGACCAAUAGACGUUCCUAUUGAUGAACUAAAUCUUACAGUUGAUUUCAUCGUUAUAGGCUCAGGGACUGCUGGAAACGUCGUGGUUAACAGAUUGACGGAGAUCGGCGAAUGGACGGUUCUGCUUCUUGAAGCGGGUGACUCUGAUGAAACAGUUUUAACUGACGUGCCAUUAUUCAAUUAUAAACUUUGGCACACCAGCUAUGACUGGAACUACACGACUACUCCCCAACCUUAUGCUUGUAGAGUUAUAUGGAAUUCAACAUGUUAUUGGCCUAGAGGACGGAUUAUUGGUGGCUCAAGUGUCAUAAAUGAUUUUGCAGCCAUUAGAGGGAACAGAAUAGACUAUGACAGAUGGGCCUCUGGCGGAGCGACAAACUGGUCGUAUGCUGAUGUUCUUCCUUUCUUCAGAAGGCUAGAAGACAACAGAUAUAACGUGGGUGACUUAAAUGCUGCCUACCAGACUGGGUUCAUGGUUGCAGAGGGGACCCUCAGGAACGCGAGGAGGUGCUCCACCGCUAAGGCAUACCUUAGGCCCGCGAGAAAUCGAACCAACAUUCAAGUGUCUUGGGGCUCCAUGGUGACAAAAAUAUUGAUCGGAAGCAGCAACCGUACUGCUUAUGGGGUUCAAUUUAUUCGGAAUGGCAAGAAUCUGACAGCAUACUGCAAGAAGGAGGUGAUUUUGUCCGCUGGUACUGUCAACUCUCCACAGUUGCUGAUGUUGUCUGGGAUAGGACCGCAGCAACAGUUGACAGAACUUAACAUACCGGUCAUCGCUGACCUUCCUGUCGGAAUGAACAUGCAGGACCACAUUGGAGUCCCAAUGGGAUUUACGGUCAAUGUAAGUACCAUCAAUGCUGGGAUUUUCGAGACGACAGCAGCGGCAGUGGAGUACGCUCUAAACAGGACUGGACCCCUCACUUCUCCUGUGGGCGUCGAAGCUAUCGCAUUCAUGAAUCCUCCCAACGCCACUGACGGGGAAUACCCUCAGCACGAGAUUGUCUUUACCACGUACCCUCCCAUCAACCCCACCAAUGUCAACUACUUCAUUGCACUGACUUUCUACCUACGUUACCUGAGUAGAGGUUAUGUAACCCUCAACUCAAGCAACCCCUUUGACAGUCCUAUCAUCAACCCUAUGUACCUUUCUGUACCAUCAGAUGUGGAAAACCUGAUAGCAGCUCUUCAAAAUGCAGUUGCAGUAUGUAAUACCAGCGCUUUUCGAGCCCAGAACUGUAGCAUUUAUGAAGACUUAUAUACAGCAUGCUUGUCAUUCCCGACGCAGAGCUACGGAUGGUACAGAUGCUUGGCUACCAAUUACUCGACUUCAAUCUAUCACCCGGGCUGCACUUGCAGGAUUGGCAGCGUGACCGAUCCCCAACUCAGGGUCUAUGGGAUCAAAAGCUUGAGGGUGGUGGACGCCUCUGUGAUGCCUAAUAUUCCGUCGGGGAACAUCAACGUGCCCACCAUCAUGAUCGCAGAGCGGGGUGCUGACUUCAUCAGGCGGGACUACGGGGUAUCGACCACUGUUCUUUGCGACGGAAACGGACCGUCAUAA